CACAGAAACGUCCUAUUUUUGUAUUUUAUGUUUCCCCCAAACUAGUAUCUCUCUAUGUCUCGUCAAAAUUCUUUAGCGCCAGAUCAAAGACCGGCGGCGGCGGCGGCGGCGAAGACUAACAGUUCAGCGACGGCUUUAGCACCUGGAUUUCGAUUCCACCCAACCGAUGAAGAAUUGGCUAGUUAUUAUUUGAAAAGAAAAGUUAUCAACAAGUCUGUCAGAUUUAAGGCAAUCGGUGAAGUUGAUAUUUACAAUCAUGAACCUUGGACUCUGUCAGACAAAUCAAGAUUGAAAACCAGAGACCAGGAAUGGUAUUUCUUCAGUUCAUUGGAUAAGAAGUAUGGAAAUGGGGGAAGAAUGAAUAGGGCUACAAAGCAAGGGUAUUGGAAGACCACGGGUAAAGAUAGAGAGGUCCGUCACAAUUCGAAGGUUAUCGGGAUGAAGAAGACAUUAGUCUUUCAUAGCGGGAAAGCUCCGGAUGGAUUGCGAACCAAUUGGGUUAUGCAUGAAUACCGGCUUGUUGAAGAAGAGUUGGAAAGGAUUGGAGCAUUGCAGGGGUAUGUGCUAUGUAGAGUAAUUCACAAGAAUAAUAUUGGACCACCGAAUGGAAACCGUUACGCACCUUUCAUUGAGGCAGAAUGGGAUGAUGAUUCAGCCAUUUUGAUUCCGGGAGACAUUAAAUAUCUGGACGAGGAUGCUCCGCCUAGUGAUGAAGUUCUGAGAGAGUUGCCGAAUGAGAGAACGGAUGACCGUACUUUGUCACCUAUAGAUAGAUCAGAUGAUUGCCUGCCACUAUGCAACCAUAAUCGAGAAUCACCUUUACCUCUAUCCCGAAACAAGAGAAGGCGGCAUACGGAUUCAGUUCCGAACCAUGCAAAUAUUUCUGAGGAUUCUACUAGAAUUACUCAAGGUCAUUGUUCAGCUACAACAACCGCGAUGUCUCCAUCAUCCACAACAAAAACGGCGGCUUCUGCACUCUUGGAAUUUUCGUUGAUAGAACCGAAAGAGAAUUCUUGUUCUCCUCUUCCGCCAAAAAACAUUACGAGUAGUCUAGAUUCCGUUGUGCCACCUGACUGCAUGAAACUUAUCAACGAACUGCAAAGCGAGGUCUGUAAGAUUUCCUUUGAGAGGGAGACGUUGAAGCUUGAAUUGAUGAGUGCUCGAACUAUGAUCAGCAUUCUACAUUCAAGGAUCGAUUCUCUUAUCGACGAAGAUGAGGAUCUGAAGAGGAGCAGCACUCGAUCGAUUCUCUUAUCGACGAAGAUGAGGAUCUGAAGAGGAGCAACCGAGUGCUGCAUUCAAGGAUCGAUUCUCUUAUCGAUGAAAAUGAGGAUCUGAAGAGGAGCAACCGAGACAUGUAGCACGGGGAGCCUAGGUGCUUUUCUGACGGAUUUCCUUAUCAUUACCCUUAUUUAGGCAUGAAUUAUUGUUCACCGGCAUGGCUGUAGAAUUAGGCAUGGCUGUAGAAUUAGGCAUGGUUGUAGAAUUAGGACAUUAUCAUUCGGCUUGUCUUGUCGAUGAAUGUUGCAAAUUCUCCUUGUUUAAUCCUUGGUUGAUGAACCUUUGAAGAUGUACCUAGAUGGCCAGAUCUUCCAUUGAAAAUGAAUAGAGAAGUAUUAUUUUGAUUUUUUUAAAGCUUAA